AAUAUGAUGGUGCCGGGUGCAACUGGAGGUGAACAAAAGGUAACAUCUACAAUUGUAGGAGAAGGUGUCACUGCAACGAUAGGUGGCAGAACUACUGAGAGGACUAGUAUCGAUGCGACAUCUGCUAUAGGUGGUGGUGUUGGUGGUAAAGAUGUGGAAGAACAUGGUUUAAAAACAAGCAUUGGUGGUGGUGCUAGUGCUAGUAGCGGUGUUGAUGCCUAUGCUUGGGACGGUAGUGGUGGGCAUAUAGAUGGAGGUGGUGGUCGUAUAGGUAACAGAGGUAUAGUUGUGGUCACUGAUGGUGAAGAUGCAGGUAGUCGGCGGCUGUGA